AUGCAUAAUUACAAUAGAAGCAUUUUAGAAAAGAUAGAAAAGAAGAAAGAUUUAAACGAUAUAUUGCAAAUAAAAAAAAGUAGGGCAGAGAAAACAUUUUGUUUUAAGGAUAAUAUUGAUAACAAUUCUAGGAUUGUUGAGGAUUUUCCAAUCAGUGGAAAUAGAAGAAAAGAAAUGAAUGAUGAGAAAAUAUAUGGUUAUAAAAGGAUUAAUAAUAAAGAGGUUAAUAAUAAAAUAAUAGAAAAAGAAAAUAUGUUAAAAAGCAAAUUAUAUAAUAAUAGUAGUAAUUUAAAAAAAAAAGUAUAUUAUGACAAAUUAAAUGUUACGAAUAAUAAUGAAAAAGAAUAUAUGAAAAAAACAAAUACCAUCUUGAAUGCUAAUUUAAAUAACAAUUAUGUAGAGAAAACAUAUUUUGAUGAUUACAACUUAGUAAAGGACAGAUCAAAAUUUAAAAGAUUAGGUCAUUUUAAAGAAGAGAAUAAUUUAAGCGCUAAUUGUGCGUAUGAUGAUGUAAAUAAUGCUGGUAGCAGCAUGAACAACAAUACAAACAUUAAUAUUAAUGACAACAUAGUGAGUUGUAAUAAUGUGAGUUGUAAUAAUGUGAGUUGUAAUAAUGUGAGUUAUAAUGAUAUUAGUGGUAAUGACGUUAAUGGUAAUGAAGUUAGUGGUAAUGACGUUAAUGGUAAUAACGUUAGCGGUAAUAACAUCCACGUAAAUUUUAAUAAGGGCAAAAUGGAACCUAGUAAUAACGAAAUGAUGAUGAAUAAUAUAAAGUAUGGAAAAAAAAAUGAUUACAUAACGAAUAGUAAUUAUAAUAAAUUUGGAAAAAGUCAAAACAAAUAUAUUCACACCGAUUAUAAAGAUCAUGUAAUGGCAGGAGGAGUAACACCAGGAACAACAAUAGGAGCACCAUCUUCGUAUAUUCAAAGAGAUAAAAUGUAUCAUAGGAAUGUAAACGAAAUGAAGAACAACCCAAAUAUUGUUAACAAUGUUAGUAAUAAGGAAAUAUUUAAAAAUGAUGUAAUAGUAUCAAAUGAUAACCAAAUAAAUGAAGAGUUUAUGGAGCAUAAUAAUAUGAACGAUGGAAUGUUAGCAAAUAAUGUAAAUAACGAAUUUCAAAGAGGUAAAAAUUUACCAAAGGGUAUGGUACACCCUAAAUCAUGUACAUUUUUAGCAAAAGAGCAAAUUAUUACGUUAUCUUCGAAAACAGGAGGUAGCAACAACAAUAAAAUUAGCUGCAACAAUUAUAGCAGCAAUAAUAAUAAUAUUAUCAGUAGUAAAUAUAAUGAUGAUACUAUGAUGGAUGAUGAAAGGGAUAAUAAUAAUCAUUCAUCGAAAUAUCAUAACUCUAGUAUGAAAAGGGACAUGUAUACUAACUAUGCUGUAGGAAAAAAUGAUUUGAAUGAACCUCCAAAUAAAAAUAUUGUAGAUAUAGAUAGUAACAGAAAAAAGGAAUAUCAUAAUUUUUCCAUAAGUACAAUUGACUCAAAUUAUUCAAACAAAAAUGUUUAUGAAAAAAAAAUUCCCUCAAAAUAUUUGGGCCCCCAUUUAAUGCAAAGACAUGAAAAUAGUAAGGAUAUAAUAGAGGAAAAAAGUAUGCCCAAUGAUGAUGGGAAAAUAUACCCUGCUUCUCAUAUUAACCCCCUAGAGAGAAAUGUACCAAAUAUGCCAAACAACAUUGUACUGCCUGAAUAUGGGCAUACAUCAGAAUAUGACUAUAUCAAUCCUGCGAAAAAUAACAAAGGUAGUAACAAUAAUAUGAAGUAUACAUUUAGAAAAGAUGGGAAUUUGCAUCCAUCAGAUAAACAAAGGUAUUUAGAAAGAGAUGAAAUUGAGGACAUGUCCAAAAAUUUUGAAUAUAAUAAAAAUGAUACAACUGAAGUAUCACAAGAAUUUGUAAAUGAUAAUAUGAACAAAAUAUCCCAUGACAAAAGAAAAGAAAAUUUUAUAAUUGAAAAUAGAAUGUCUAAAGGGAAUAAUAUAAUUCAUAAUAGUAGAGAUAAAAGUAAUAUAAAGAUUAAAGGUCAAUAUAGUACACCAAAAUAUAAUGAUAAUAGUAGUAGUAAUAAUAAUAAUAAUAAUAGUAAUAAUAAUAAUAAUAAUAAUAGUAAUAGCAAUAGCAAUAGCAAUAGCAAUAGUAAUAGUAAUAAUGAUAAUAAUAAUAAUAGUAAUAGUAAUAAUAAUAGUAAUAGUAAUAGUAAUAGUAAUAAUAAUAAUAAUAAUAGUAAUAGUAAUAGUAAUAGUAAUAAUAAUAAUAAUAAUAAUAGUAAUAGUAAUAGUAAUAAUAAUAAUAGUAAUAGUUAUAGUAAUAAUAAUAAUAAUAAAUUAAGAAAAAAAUCAAACAAUAUGGAUGUUAUAUGUUCAAAUAAAAAUAUUAUCAAUUAUGAUAAUUUAAAUGAAGAAGAUUACCAUAGAUAUUGUUCAUCUGAUGCAUAUGGUAAUAAAAACAUAUUAUAUGAAAAUAUGAAUGAUAAAUUACAUAUGGAAAAAAAUGAAUAUAAUAUGAGGAGUGAUAAGAAUUAUGAAGAUGGAAAUAGAAACAGAAAUAGAAAUAGAAAUGUGAAAUAUAAACAUUAUCCUGAUAGAAUUAUGAAGAGACCUUGUCAUGAUAAAUUAACAAGUUAUGCAAAAGAAAGUUAUAGAAAUAGUCCCAAUGUUCAAACAUAUAAAAAUUAUCCUCCUGAAUAUUUUGCAAAUAUGGGGCAUACCCUUGAAAAGGAUUCAUCGUACGAAGAUCACAGAAAAGAAACUUAUCUGAGUACGAACUAUUCCGAUAUAAACAAGCAUGAGGAUAUUAGAAACUAUCAAAACAGCUAUUCGAAUGAUUCUAAGAGUGACAAAGAUGCUCUUACAUUUAUCAGAUUCUCAACAGAAAACAAGAAGCAAGUAAAAAAAAAAAAAAAAAGUAAAAUAGGUUAUGGGAAAUCCUUAGUUGAAAUGUAUAGUUCAGCCAUUCCGAUAAAUGAUGAAGUCAACCCUUAUGUAGUGAAAGAUUCACCAAAAAAUAAUGAUUUAUAUGAAAAACUUUAUGCAUUAAUACCUAAAUCAGUAGUUGAAAUUAGUGAAUUUAAUGAUAUUACACAUGUUACUUUGCAAUCUCCUUCUCCUCUUUUUAUUAAUCAGAAUAAAAAUGUAAAGCAACAUAUUAUAACCGCCGAUUACGAGCAAAAGAGUAACGAUAUUCCGAAUAUCGCAUCUUGUCAUAUACCCAUAUCUGAUGAAUCGUUAAAAGAAUCAUUAGAGAAAUCGAAAGAAUCUUUAAGCGUAGGAGAAAAUGACAAAAAUAUACAUUUGCCUUGUUUAUACUUUCAGCUGAAGUCCAUUAUUAGAGGAACGUCACUGAGAAAUAAAAGCGGUUCGGCCCUGAGUGUGAAGUUUAAGCUAUCGAAGGAUGAAAGAAAUACUAAAUUAAUAAGCAAAAAUGAAGAGAAAAAUGCAUUAAUGGAAAAUGAUGAUAAUAUUGAUGAAGACAAAGAAUUAAAUAAAAAAAUAGAAGAUCAUAUAUUAUCAGAAGAGUUAAAAAAUUUGAAAAUUGACAAAAAUGUUACAGAAAAAAAAAGAGCUUCGAUAUUUGACGAAUCGAAGUCCAAAGUAAGAAAUGAAAAAAAAAUUGAUUUAAAAAAUAAAAUUGUUCUAGACUCAAGUAAAGUUAGAAAAGCAACUGAGAUAAAAUUAAAGAAAAUUCAGCACGUCACAGGAUUAUUGGAAAAGUAUGAUAUACCUAACCCUUUUGAAAAAUAUUCUAUGGAACCACUAGAUUACUCUCAACUAGCUGGGAAAAAUAAUUACGCAAAGUUGUUGAAUCUGGCUCUGACAGUUUCAACCAAUUACUACAAAUUUAUUGUAAAAAGCAUGGAAGGGGCAGAAAUUAAGGAAGUCUUUAACGAGAAAAGAAAAAAUAUGAUUUUAAAGCUAAUUGCUUUGUUAGGGAACCAAAUAAACGCAGAAAUAAAAAAAAAAUUUAUCGAGGCAAAUGCCGUGGCCCCCUCUAAGGAGGAGGAAUUAAAAAAGGAAGACAUCAUAAAGCCCAAAAUGAGUGCUAAAGAAAAAGAGAUAAAAAUAGAAGAACACAAUCUUAUAUGUAAAUACUGGGAAAAACAAAGUGAAUGUAUGAGCUUGUUAAUAAAAGAAUGGAAUAAAAUUUCAGAAAUUUUGGAAUCUAUCAGUGUAGAUCCUAACAAUAUCAUUAAUUCUCUUUUAACAUUAUACGGAGAAAAAACAGUAAAUGAUUUUCACUUAAGUUUGGACGAAAUAAGAAGAUCAAACAUAGAAUUAGAUGUGAACAUAGAUGACAUAUCAAUACCAAACAUUGGAGAUGCUUCUGAAAAUAAAUUUGAUCCCUCCAAUAUGACCAUCAUGAACUUGAUUCAAGACAUGAAGUGGGACGUGGAUAUAGAAUAUUCACUAAACCAAAUAAGAGAGGAAUGGAAAAAUGAAAAUAAACAAAACAAAAAAUUAAUACAGAAAAAGAUUGUCGAAGGUAUAAAGCACAGAAUUGGGUUGUUAGACUACCUAAACAGAGUAGAAUUAAAUUUAAAUGCAUUUGCUAAAAUAAUUGAAGGAAGGAUGAUAUCUAAUGAUGAUGUACGGAGUCAAUUAAGAUCAAUGCAAGACUUAAAUGAAAAUGGAGUACUAUCAAAUUUAUUGGAAAAUUUAGAAAAUAAUAAGAUGGACAUAAAUGCUGAUUCAUUUAAAACACCAACUUCCUUUUUUGUUUCGCACCACCUGCCCAUGACAAUCUGUUCAUUCAGUGAUAAGUCAAAUCUUGACGAGAUAAAUGAACAGGGAGAAAAUAAUAGUAAUUGUAAUGGCAAUAUCAAUAUUAAUAAGAACAAAGAUAUUGACAAAGAUUCUGAUGAAUUUAAUACAGUUGAAAAUCCAAGCAGUGAUGAGCAAAAGGAAUAA